GACACGGUAAAAAAAAAAAUGAAUAUGAGUGAAGAUUAUUGCAUGACAACAAAAUAAAAUUAAUUUUAACUGCUGUGCAUGAAGUCAUGUUUUUGUGUGUCUUGAUUAAGGACAAUGACGGCAUGGACCAACACAACGUGGUCACCACAACCAGAGAUGUUGGGAUCCUAAGUAAAGACGUGUCUUACGACAGGCUUGUGGAAAGGGCUCAGCAAGCUGAAGACCAAAGAAGAGUCAGCAGUGAUCUUCUUAUAUCAUUUAUCACUCAGGAUAAAGGCCUACUGCUACAUCUGGAAGCAAUCAUCGCAGGAAAAGUGUCGUCCACCUGGGCUUCAUCAAAGGGCAGGGUGGACAUUUUCUUUGAGGAGGAUGAGCAGCUGGACAGAGUGAUGGGCUUCUUGACAAGCCUGGUUGAAGCACAGACAACCAGAUGUCACAAUCAAGUGGCAUUCAUGAUGGAUGUGCUUCUGCCAGAGGCAACCAUCCAUGCACUUUCAGCUGUCCAUGAAUGUUGACGGACAAAGCCACAGAAAUGUACGGCAGUGGGCUGCAGUAUGACUGGAGUGAGAGGCAGCUGAUGUCCUAUGCCAUGGAACUGCUCAUAUACACGGAGAAACUCAGAAAAGCUCUGGACUCAUCUGAAUUUUUGAAGAGGCUGUAGUAUUGUGUUGACAUCUUUUUUUGGAAGGUAUUUGUAAGGCCAAUAAAAGUUGCUGCUGGUUGUUUCAUUUGUCUGAACUUUUUUUCUAAAGCAAAACUUUUCUGCUUUUGUGUUUACAGCAUAUUUUUUAAAGAUUAGUGAAUGGUCAAUAUCAGUUUACUAGUCUUGUGAAUUGUAUACUUAAUUC